AUGAAGCGAAUCCAGUCGGAGCUGUUUGCUCCAUACCGUUUUAUGGGAGUUGUUACUGGUGAUGCCUCCCCAUCGAUUCGCUCAACAUUUGUCGGUAAAAAGGCGACACUAUCGGUUCUUUGUCCGAUUGACAACGUAAUCGUUCAGUAUAAUGGAAAGAAACUUCGAGCAAUCGGAAUGUCGGAUCCAUUGAAUGAUAGGAUUACUGCGGUCGCUUCAUCGAGCUCAUCUGUGUUUGCCGCCGCCGGAAACACAAUCUCCUCACUAAAGUUCUGCCGAGACGUCAGUGAUUCGAUCGAUAUCGGAGCCCCAGUCAAGAUGAUGACACUCAUCGGAACUCAACUCGUCGCCAUCGACGUCUCAUCUGGAAUCCACGUCAUUGAGACUGAAAAUGACACGUUUCAAAUGAGUCUUCUCAUGGAGGGUUCUGAUAACUUUGAGAUCACUUCAAUCUGUCAUCCGAGCACUUAUUUGAAUAAAAUUGUCGUCGGAAGUAGUGAAGGACGGCUGAGAAUUAUUAAUAUCAGAACUGGAAAGGUUAUUCAUGAAUUCCAACGAAAUUUCGGGUCGGCUAUCACGAUUUUGGAGCAAACUACUGCUCUGGAUGUGUUGGCAAUUGGAAUGGCCAAUGGAGAAGUUCUACUUUUCAAUGUGAAAUUGGAUAAGGUGCUCAGCACGUUCAGACACGAUGCAAAGAUUACAAAUAUUGCUUUUCGUGACGACGGCGAAGCGGCUAUGGUAACUGCCGAUCAGAACGGAACGAUCGCUGUUUGGGAUCUCGAAAAACAGGAAUUGAUUGGAAAAAUCACGGGAACUCACACGAAUGAGAUCAAUUGUUUGCAUUUUUUGGCCGGAGAACCGAUUAUGCUCUCCGCCUCUCACGACAACUCUCUUCGUCUCUGGAUUUUCGACAGUGCUGAUGGAAUGCCACGUGAGUUGAUUCGUCUCGAAGGACACUCGAAACCAUGUGCCAGUGUCAAGUUUGUCAGUAAGAAUGAGGUACUUUCCGCUGGAAAAGACGGUUCAGUUCGGAAAUACGAUGUGACAUCGCUGACGAUGCGACAGAAAUUGGGAUCGGUUGCGCAGCAGAAAAAAGGCGCAUUACCACCAAACGGCAACACAGAAGUCCAAAAUGUGGCGGAAAUGGCGUUCGGAUGGCAGAGAGAAGCCGCGUGGAAUAACGUUUUCUGCCGUCAAGUAAAUGACACGAAAGUGACGACGUGGCAGACACGUAACAACACUCACGGAGAAUUCAAUUUGGAGCACGAUCGAUUCAAGAAGAAGGUCGAUUUUAUUGAUGGGACGGCGACGGCUCUCUGUGUUUCGCCGUGUGGAAAUUUCGUGUAUAUCGGAUAUUCGACAGGUCACAUCGAUCAAUUCAACGCUCAAAGUGGUCGCCACGUGCACUCGUUCACCAACACCACCCCAUCGAAAUCCAAGAAAAAAGAUUCGAAACGACGGGCGCCCAAGAAAAGUUUUAUCAUGUCCAACGGAUCUCUCGUAAACGACACGCCAGCCGCCGAUUCAGCCAUCACAUCCCUUUCAAUCGAUCAACUCGGAAAGGAAUUGAUGAGUACUGACGAGGAAGGACACAUGGUAUUCUGGUCGAUUGCCACGAAGAAAAUCACAGCGAGAAUGUUCAAAAAAGACGUGAAACUCGGAAUCAGUGCACCGUGCCCGGCGAAUAGUCUCGUCGCGGUUGUAUCGAUUGCAGAGAACGGAGCUGAAAGUGUGAUUCUAGUGGAUACAGUAUGCCAUCGAGUCGCCAGAGCAUUCGAGACUGUUGGAAAGAAAGUGAAUGCAAUCACGUUCUCUUCCGAUGGAAAAUGGUUGCUAGUGGCUGAUAAUGAGUCUUAUAUUCGAGUUUUCGAUGUGGCCACUUCCCAGUUAAUCGACGUUUUGUUGUUCUCCAAACCGUGUAUCUCAAUGUCAUACAGUGAAACUGGACAGUAUCUGGCUACAGUACACGAGGGGGAACGUGCCAUUUACACGUGGUUUAAUAAGCUUCUCUUUGCGAUUCAUGUGAAUGUGAAGGCUCAUGAACCGGAUUACUUGCCGACUUGGGAAGGAAACGAGGAGGAUGAAAUUGUGGAUAUAGAUGAUGAGGAUGAGGACGACUCGACUGUAAUGGAUCUCAAUCUGAAAACCUUGAAAGAGCUACAAAUCGAUGAGAAUCUUGUCACUUUCUCGGGUCUUCCCUCGUCGAGAUGGGCGAAUUUGCCGGAUUUGGCGAUGAUUAAGGAGAGAAAUAAGCCGACGGAUGCGCCGAAAAAGAUCAAACAAGCGCCGUUCUUCCUCUCCGCUGCCGCCACGUUGGAUGGUUUCGAGUUUGAGACGGAGAAUAUGGAGGAGGAGAUGAAUGAAGACUCGACACAUAUCAUGUCGAAGAGGAAUUUGUUGGAGUUGGAGAGCUCGUUUACCAAAGUUCUCAGAACCGCAAAAACCCAGGAAAAUCUGCUCGCCGCCUUCAAGACACUGCACGAAAUGAGUCUUUCUGCAAUUGACUUCCAGAUUCGAGCUCUGAAUCCACAAACUCUCCCGAUCUUUUUCAGAAUGUUGUUGGAGGUCCUCAAAACCAAAAACAACUUCGAAUUGGUCCAAGCCUAUGCUGCGACUGCUCUGAAAACUCAUCGUUCGAUUGUAUGGAAUGCGACGGAUGAGCCGGAGCACCAAGAGUUGAGUGAAGUAUUGGAAGAGAUGGCCAAAUAUCAAAGAGACAGUUGGAAUGAGAUGGAGAAUCUGUUCGUGGAGAAUAUGGCGGUCGUUCAGUGGAUUAAGAAUGCAUUGCUCUAA